AUGUUUGGCAAUUUCACCGCCUUUGCAAGCUUGCCCGGCAAGGCCAAGUUAGAUCCCAAGGACAUUCCACCCCCAACUCCCGUCACGCUCCCUCGUUUUCAACCAUUUGCCCAUGAUGAUGAUCCCCUUGAACCGCCUGCCGCCCUUUCCUCGCUGCUUCAGCAGACCGGCCGAUCCAUGGCCGUCCUAGGACCUCCCGGUUUCUCUGCCAUUGGCCUCAACUUGAACCUGGAUGCGAAGCCUGAAGACCUCAUGCCCGAUGCAACCAGCAUCCCAGACUUUAAGCUAUGGGAUAAACUCUCCCCAGACGAGGCCGGGGAUCAGAACCAGUCUACUCGACUUCCCAUGAGAAAUGGCAAUCUCACCCCAGGGUGUCAGGUUUACCUUGAACGCAAAAGGGAGUUGGCCUACCUCAAUGAGGAAGCUUUCCGAACAGUCCGACGACUCCAACCGCCCAAGGGGAAGCAACAGGCUCGACUAGGAAACGCAUAUGAGUUCUUCCGCUGUCUUGAAGCCUUUACUUCCUUCUGGGACGACUCAUCCCAACCGCCGCCUCUUCCUCCUUCCCCAGAGGCAUCUCCCGAAGUCGCUUCAUCCGGCGACGCUGCAACCUCGGAGGAGUCUAAGAUUACCAAGGAACGUGAUCCCAACGUUGUCCUUCGCACUGGUCCUGGUAAUGCAAUGCCAGCUGAGUACCGCAACAGCCUUAUGACAGCUUUUAUCAAGCUUGUAGCCUACGAUUUUGGUUGUAGCGUUGCGCCAGCCCGCCUCGAGCCUCGACUCCAUCUGAGCUCUCCCGAGGAAUCUUGCCCAUCUCGCAAGACUUACUGCCCCUCUGGGUGUCUAUUCAUCUUCCAGAGCCCAAUGACGCGCGAGGCGGCUCGUGCGGGCGCUGUCUAUGGUCCAGUCGCCACUGUGAGUGCCCGAGGAACUACAGACUUCACCACCCCCGAUAUGGAAACAGCGCAAUCAUUGGACCUCGCUCGGGAGAUUAUCGCUGCAUUAAUUACCGCUCAGCAUCGAGCACGCGAAGGCAAGACAGAAAAGCGCUUUGGCGAUGGGCAGUGGUGGACGACUGAGAAGCGCUGGGGAGGCGGUAUUGGCGGCCCUAUUGGGCGUGAGGCGGACAAAGAUGCCGUUCAGGGGGAUAAGGAUGCCAAACCGAGUGACGCCGAUGGCAUGCCCAUCUCCAAGAAGCCCAGAAAGAAUAUGAGCAUCUAUGACAACUAUCGGAUGGUCCGCCCGCCAGCAUCGACCUGGGAUCGAAAAGCAACCUACGAGGCUAUUGGCAAGGUUCAAGGUGCUGGUUACGACGACAUCUUUGUAGUGAGCUCACUAUUCCACCAUGUCUCUAUCCUUCGCGUGAGAGUUCCCGAUCGCCUACUCGAGGUCAUUGGUGGUGCAAGCGAGGCCGACCCGACCAAGCGAAGCUGGGGUAAGGUUGAGGCUUGGAGGAGUCCCUGGUAUGAUCUGUUCCAUGCGGACCAGCGUCUGGAAGCGAUGAAGCUGGUUUGGAUGAUGAUGGCAUACCAGAUGAGAAAGGAUACCGGGGCUGCAGACGGGGAUGUCAACAUGUCGAAUGCUUGA